AUGACUGGAUCAGUACCUCAAUUGACACGUCAACAUAGUUCAGCUGUAGAUCAUUCAAAGAUGAAUAAAUCAUAUCCUCCGCAAUUUCGUCGAUGUUUAUCUACAAAUGAUCAAGAUUCAAUUAAAUUAAUAUUUAAUGAUGAUCAAUUAAAAGAAAACUUAUAUUCGCUUUUGCAGAAAUCUUCAAUAGAUGAUGAUGAUGAUUCAGGUACCGAAGAAAUUGAACAACAACAUCAAUUAGAACAUAUUUUUCUCGAGCCAUGCAAUGAUAAUGAAAAUCAAUUAUCAAUAAAAUCAUUCGGUCCAAAUCCUGAUGAAGGUUUUUCAGAAUGUGAAACUCAAGAUGAAAUAAAAGUUUCAUUUAUUAAAAAUGAUCUUAAACUUGCUCAAAGCAUAGCAGAUAGUACAAAACAAUCUUUUUGUCCUGAUACUUGUGUAGCUUUUCAUGGGGAAUUCGCUAGACGUAUUUCAAUUCCAUUAUCAUUAUGCCACAGAGUUCAUGAAGUUUGUAGGGUUAUGAAAAAUUUAGCUUUAUUUAUUUUUGAACGAUAUUUUCCAGAUAUGAUUAAUACUAUCGAAUUAGAAAAUAAUAUUACACCGUCUCGUGCAUCGCGUCAUGAUCCGACUCAAAGAAAAGGAAGAAUGUUGGCACCACAUAUUAAAAAACACUAUGAAGCAUGUCGACGUGGUUUAUGCUUCGUUUAA